AUGGCGUGGCCAACACGCAACAACAAGUCAAUUAUCUCGGAGGCCGCGUUUCAAUGGUCCGAUGCCGAAUUGGAUAAUUGGAGAACCGAACAUCUCAAAAAUCCCGAGACUCUUCUGUUGUCUCCGUCGCCUGAUCCAUCAACCGCCGCGAGAACACCCACCGCUCGACCUCUUUCAUACAACUAUCAGUUCCAGCUUCCCUCCACACAAUUCCCCUCUACGCCCGUUGCCCCUGGGGCAAUGCUGUCCCCCACUCCUUCGUCGUUAUAUCUAGACCCAGGCGCUAUCAAGCGGUCCGUGAACAACCACAGCCCAAGAUCCGUUCCAACCCAAGCAACCCACACCGCCCCCUCCCCAGCAAGCCUUUAUGACGUUGGAUGUUCCAGCCCCUGGGAUGACCUCCCAGUCUCGACACCCAUAAUAAAAGAGACACCUCAGCUGGAUGAGGCGAGUAAUGGGCACAACCAGACCAGAAUGCCGGGUCGCUCUCGUCAACGUGGAGCCAAAAGAAAGGAGAACGAGAAUUAUGGAACCUUCAAAUGCGAAUGGAAGGGCUGUCAAUAUGACCGUCUAUUCUCGCGCAAGGGUGUGCUUAUGCGGCACAUUCAGACUCAACAUAUCAAUCCGCGGGCUUUCAAGUGUCCCUGGUGUGACCAUGCUUCGAGUCGACGGGAGAAUUUGAAAGCGCAUAGACAAUCGAUUCACAAGGAAACUUUGUAA